CUUACUGUCAUGCGCUUUGCCAUUCUCCGUCCUCAAAAAUCCUCUCUAUCUCUCUCAUUGAAUCCUCAGACUCUGAUUCCGAAUCUCGGGUCCCCAUUUCCGAAUUACCCUUCUUCCGAUUCAUCUUGCUGAGUCAACUCAGACCCAUUUUCCCAGAUUUUCUCUCCUCCAUGUCCAGCGAGUUACACAGUGCAUGAGGGUUUGUGUAGAAAAUGACGGCACCGGUGUUGGUUGAUGGGAAGGGGAAGAAGAAUAUUGAGAAUUUGGUGUCUGCUACUAGGUCGUUGAAGGCUAGUUUAGAGAAAUCUAGGGCUCUAGGAUUUGCGUUGCAGAAAGCUGGGUCGAGAUUGGAGGAGAUUAGCCAAAGAUUGCCGACUUUAGAAGCGGCUGUUCGGCCUAUUCGUGCUGAUAAGGAAGCCCUCGUCGCCGUCGGUGGCCAUAUAAACCGUGCUGUUGGCCCUGCGGCGGCGGUGCUUAAGGUUUUUGAUGCUGUUCAUGGCCUUGAAAAGUCUCUGUUAUCGGACCCGCGGAAUGAUCUCCCUGGUUAUUUGUCGGUGUUGAAACGUAUGGAAGAGGCAUUGAGAUUCUUGGGAGAUAACUGUGGGCUGGGAAUCCAGUGGUUGGAGGACAUAGUUGAGUAUUUGGAAGAUAAUACUGUUGCUGAUGAGAAAUAUCUUGGGAGUUUGAAGAACUCGUUGAAGAAACUGAGGGAUUUACAGAGUGAUGAGGAGAAGACUGAGCUUGAUGGAGGCCUUUUGAAUGCUGCUUUAGAUAAACUAGAGAACGAGUUUAGGCGUCUGUUAACGGAGCACAGCGUUCCCCUUCCCAUGUCUUCUGCGGCGUCUGUCAGUGACCAAGCUUGCAUUGCUCCAUCUCCAUUGCCUGUGACUGUUAUUCACAAACUUCAAGCCAUUCUUGGGAGAUUGAUUGCUAAUAAACGACUCGAACGAUGCAUAUCCAUUUACGUUGAAGUUCGUAGUUGUAACGUUAGGGCUAGUUUGCAGGCUCUUGGUUUGGAUUACUUGGAGAUAUCGGUUUCCGAGUUCAAUGAUGUACAGAGCAUCGAGGGGUACAUUGCGAAAUGGGGAACACAUUUGGAGUUUGCAGUGAAACAUUUGUUUGAAGCUGAGUUCAAGCUUUGUAAUGAUGUUUUUGAGAGGAUAGGAUUGGAUGUUUGGAUGGGCUGUUUUGCAAAGAUAGCAACUCAAGCUGGUAUUCUUGCAUUUCUUCAAUUUGGGAAAACUGUUACAGAAAGCAAGAAUGAUCCUAUUAAGCUAUUGAAGUUGUUAGAUAUCUUUGCAUCCUUGAACAAACUGAGACUCGACUUUAAUAGGCUGUUCGGCGGGGCUGCCUGUUUGGAAAUUCAAAACUUGACUCGAGAUCUAAUUAAGAGGGUUAUCGAUGGCGUAGCCGAGAUUUUCUGGGAACUUCUAGUUCAGGUGGAGCUCCAGAGGCAAAAUCCUCCACCUUUAGAUGGGGCAGUUUCAAGGUUGGUUAACUUCAUUAUCGAUUACAGUAAUAAACUGCUCAGCGAUGGUUAUAGGCCGAUCCUGACCCAGGCCCUCGUCAUUCACCGGAGUUGGAAGAAAGAAAAGUUCCAAGAGGCUCUUCUUGUCGGUGAGGUAACGAACCUUGUCAAAGCCAUUGAGCAGAAUCUGGACACUUGGAUAAAGGCUUAUGAAGAUUCGACCUUGUCGAACUUUUUCGCUAUGAACAAUCAUUGGCAUCUAUACAAGCACCUCAAAGGAACGAAAGUCGGAGAACUAAUGGUAGACAAAGUAAAGGAACAUGAACAGUACAAGGAUUACUAUGCUGCAGUUUUCUUGAGGGAUAGCUGGAGUAAACUUCCUAGUCAUUUAAGCAGGGAGGGUUUGAUUAUGUUCUCAGGUGGACGAGCGACUGCUCGCGAUCUUGUUAAGAAACGUUUAAAGACAUUCAAUGAAGCUUUUGAAGACAUGUACAAGAAGCAGUCAAACUGGGUUAUAACUGACAGAGAAUUGAGGGAGAAGACAUGCCAACUUAUCGUUCAAACCAUCGUGCCCGUUUACCGUAGCUACAUGCAAAAUUAUGGCCCUCUGGUUGAGCAAGAUGCAAGUUCGAGUAAGUAUGCGAAGUACACCGUGCAGAAUCUGGAGAAAAUGUUGCUGUCCCUCUUUCACCCAAAGCCGCUUCGGUACAGCAGCCUCAAAGUUAGGCAGACUAGUGGGAAAUUCAGCAAUGGGGCCGCAGAUCAUCGUCGUUCCAACUCCAUGGUUCUGUGACCAUCCAACCACCAUUUUUAUCACUUUCAAUGGAUGACUGAGCUUGACUCGUGUAUCCUGAAUUGCCCGACGCCUUGAACCAGGUUCGGACAAGGGGAUCGGCAAUGAGGAAUGAAAUAUUGGCUCCCUAGCUCAUGCCAAAGGCUUUGUGGGCUCAAUGAUGAACAAGAUCAAAGACAUACCAGGUAUGUAGAUGAUACUUUAAGAUUAUAGCUAUUAUAUUCCAUCUCCCUUCACUCAUUAUUGAUUAAGCAAAGCCAGAUAGUGUAAUUUGUUAGAUUUUUGUAUAAUUCUUUAAUAUAUAACACUUCUUGCUCAUCGUAAGGUAGGGAGGAAGAAGCCAAUUGGUUAUAAAGUAAAAAUGUUUAUCUACCCAUCCAUGAAACCUGUUUGUGAUGCCUAA